AUGUCUUUUACGCCGAUCAAGUCUUUUGUUGACCCAACGUUUUUUUCAGAGCUUGCAAAGUUCAAAUUGGAAACGGCCAAGCUCUCGGAGGCCACUGUGGAUAUUUCAGGGUCUAUGUCAGUGCCAGUCGCGGGGGGACGCCCUGCGGCACUGCGGCUUUCCAGAGACAGUUUUGCUUCAGACUCUCCAGCGGUGAGCUCGAGCUUGUUGUCUUUUGAUAUUCCAGGCAAGCUCACGAAUCUAAACACAAUUGAGGGAUUCAAGGAGCUCGACAAGGCGGGCCUGUUGAAGGGCCAUGCAGAUGAGCUCAUUUCAGCAUUUGAGACAAAGGAGAUUUUCAAGGACUUGAGACAACUUCUCCAGUUCCAUGUUAUCACCUUCAGCGAUCUCAAAAAAUACAAGUACUAUUACUGGUUUUGUUUUCCUGCACUGGCGUGGAAAUCCCGGGCUCGCCGCAUUUCUGGCGGCGACGUGCAUUUGAACGAGAUGAUUGCGAAAUGGACUCGAAACCAAAGCCAAAGUGACCAAUUGAUAUUUAUAAUCAACGAUAAUGGCACUGAAUUACUGCCCUUUGCAAACCUGCAAUUUAGCCGCCCAGAAGGAAUGCUAAAGAUUGGAAUGAUUGAUUUUGCUUCUACCGAAGCGAUCGGCUACCCGUGGCAUCUCCACAAUUUAGUGGCCCUAUUAAAAAAGCUAGGAUUUGACCGAGCUGAGGUAUAUAUCUACCGCGAUCACCCGUCACAGGUGAAAGUGACUCUGUCCAGCUAUUGGAUCGAGAUUGGGCUUGAUGGAACAGAUUUAAGCAACCACGGGUCUGUCGGUUGGGAACGUACGAGUGAGGGCAAGCUAAUGCCAAAAGUUAGUGACCUUGCAGCCCUAGCCAGCCCGCUCGAUUUGGCCAGCCAGGCCGUGGAUUUAAACUUGAAAUUAAUGAAGUGGAGGGCGGCGCCGCAAAUCAACCUAGAUAUUCUGAAGUCUACUUCAUGCCUUUUGCUCGGUGCAGGAACGUUGGGGUGUUACGUUUCGCGCGGACUCAUGGCUUGGGGGGUGCGAAAAAUCACCUUCAUCGACAACGGUACCGUGUCAUAUUCCAACCCCGUCCGCCAGCCUCUUUACACACUAGAAGACUGUAUCGCCGGGGCAUACAAGGCAGAGGCUGCGGCUAAGGCAUUAACCAGGGUUUACCCAGGUGUCGAUGCGCAUGGAUUGCGUCUUGAUGUGCCGAUGGCGGGUCACCCGGUGACAAACGAGCUCAAGCAGCAUGAAGAUUAUGUGCAGCUUCUUGAGCAAGUGCGCAAGCACGAUGUAAUAUUUUUACUGAUGGAUUCGCGAGAAAGCCGUUGGCUACCAACGGUCAUGUCUAGUGCUCUGGGCAAACUUGUGAUCAACGUGGCCAUCGGGUUUGACUCGUAUGUUGUUAUGCGGCAUGGCUGUCAAACGCAGAGCCCGCGCACAGAGGCUGAGCCAACGACACAAGAAGACGACCGCGAGACAUCGGCUGAGCCAUUGGGCUGUUACUUCUGUAAUGACGUGGUGGCUCCUAUAGACUCCACGUCGCGACAGUCUCUGGAUCAGAUGUGUACUGUCACAAGACCAGGAGUAGCUCAACUAGCAUCAGGCCACGCUGUUGAGCUAUUCGCCAGCGUUCUGCAGCAUGACCUUGGCAAAAAGGCGCCUGCAAACGCGACAAGCACGCUUGGACCAGUAUAUCACCAGCUUCGCGGGUUCCUAACGAACCAUGAUACCAUGCCCAUAUGGGGACCCGCUUUCGAGCAGUGUUCUGCUUGUGGGCGAGAGGUGAUCGACACGUUCACUGCCGACGGGUGGGAAUUCGUUAAACGUGCGCUCAACGAUAAUGAGUACCUCAGUGAACUCAGUGGGUUGAGGGAUCUCCAAGAAGGAGCAGCAGCACUAGAACUAGAGUCUGAUGAUGGUCUGGAAUAA